UGUUUUAACCGGUUACAGCUAGACCAGUGGUGCCUUGUUUUGUUACACGCAUGUGACGAGCCAGAUCAACAAACAAAAAAAUAUAUAUGGUCUAGUGCAAAUGAGCUAGCCCUCUCAGGCUACGUUAUUCACUGUGGACAAGAGUGUCAAGAGGCCUAAUAGCACGGACUCACGGAACGGCCAUUUCCCACGUGCCAUAGUUUGAGAAUCACUUAUCUAGACACUAGUAGCCACAAAUCAAAAUAUUAAAAUCUCUUAAACGAGCUUCCUUUCUGUCUAGCGGGAAUUUCCGAAAUCCUUUUAAGUGUAAUGAACAGUAGGCCAUUGAUGACAAUAAAAUUUCCGUUUGCUGUGCGACUUUUGACUUUCAGUGUGUUUCAUUUCUUCUAAUUCCCAAUCCCAUUCAAGCUAAGGGUUCCGUGAAAAUUGUCUAAUUAAAUUACGGAAAAGAACGCUUAGAUUUAAAGAAGUUUUGUUUCAACAGUUAUAUACUAUAAACUUUUAUUGUAUUUAUUGAUGGAUACAUUCAACAUGUAGGCACCUGUAGCUAUACCGCUGAUAUUACAUUAAAUGCUUAUCUUUAUUGUCAGGUAGUGGAGUUUCAUUGUACUAUGCUUUACAAAGCGCGUGUAGAUCAUUUAACACUCAACUUAUGGAGCACAAACAUCAACACGUUUGCCAAGCAUCCGGGGCAUACGACAGUUAUAUUGCUGCCAACCUUGAGUAUUUGAAAGCCAAGUGUUCUAAGCUAACUAACUGCAUUGAUAGACUUGUAGAGGGAGAGAACCCACUUCACAUACUAAGCGGACAGGGUGUCAGCCUAAACAGAACCUGUGGACUUAUCUAUAAGACUGUAAAUGGAAGCUACACAUCACUAUUUGGACAAUGUCCGGAAACAGAAAGAGAAGAAAUUCGCUCAGAACUAGAGACACACAUUGACCUUCAACUGAGAGGUAACAAGACAUGGGGGAGUCUGAAGAGGUGCCUGGCUAACACUGCUAGUGCUGAUGGAAUGUCAAAUCUGGAGCAAAUAUGUUUGAAGGCCAGAAACAAAACAGAAUUUUGUGGUGGAUUCAGUCACACCGUAGUGGAGAAAUUUCUCAAUACAGAAAUGAGAGACACGCAGUGCGUAUGUCAAGAGUCAUUCAAAUCAGAUGAGUUGCCAACUGCGGUAAUUGCUGGAAUUGGAGUCGGAUGUUUUGUUGCUGUUAUAGCCAUUUUUCUCGCUGUCUUUUUUGUCUGUACGCAUAAAUUAAACAGAAAGAAAACGGGCAAUCGUGUGACCUACACUCAUGGUCCUGAUGCUCAAGUUUGUAUAAAAGGUUUGAAUGCUACAUCUCCAGUUGACAACACAUUGUCAGUUUCUACUAGAUAUAAUCCCCGUCUGAUGCCAAGGGAAGAUGUCACAGUGAUGACCUGGGUGAAAUACAGACCUGUCCCGCCUAUUCCAGGCCAAACGUCUAAUCCAGACUUGGAGUACCCACCUCGUUAUAGUCAAUGUGAAUUAGAUGCGGCAGACGACCCUUACUUUGAGCCCAUCCCAGAGCCUACUGGGGAAGCGCUUGACAAGGAAUACCCCAGGAGACUCAGCUUAACGAGUAGUCAAUCUUUGCAAUAUGUAGAUCCUAUCUCAAGUCUUAGAACAGAAGCAGAGCCAUCUACGCCGCCAGACAUGUCUUUCAGGCCUGUUCCGGCCAAGAGAAGUAAAAUAACAGAGAAGAAAAUAGAAUCCCAAUAUUUUGAAAUAGAAUCUGAGCCCACGUUGGACAAUAUUUCAGAGACGGAGCUAACAACAAAGAAUUAGAACUUGAAGUUGAUAGAACUAUUGAUGCAGAAAAAAGAACCGACGAACUAAAAACACAUAGAGAGUAGAACAAAUAUUCAAAUAAGAGCGGGACAUCCUAGCAUUAACAGUAAAUGUUAAAUAGACAGAGAAAAAAAUAACUAAAAUGUAUUUAGGACCAUGCAUCAAUAUAUAUCUGGUCGAGAUCAGAUUUCUAUAAUAUUACUUUCAUAUUUACCCUGUUUAUGUAUUAUUGUAAAAUAGGUUUUAAUGUUAUUAAUAAAUAUUUUUAAAGCU